ACGGAGUGAAAAACAUAUUUGUGGAGUGCAUUUUUCUACACCAAAAUAAUACCAUCAAACUCACAUACCAGCAGCUGGAUUCGGUUGCCUUGCCUUCCCGAACGUGCCAGCCAACGUUUCGGAUAGUUUUUCAGCGAAGCAACGGCGACCCAGCGCGUGCACGACACGAUUUUCACAACCGGGCCCAAAAGCAGAAGCCAAAGCCAGUCCUAGAGAGUCAGCCAAUAAAGACAAGAAACGAGAUAAAAAAAAACGGCACGACACGACGUAAGAAGGCCCUCACUCUCUCGCUCUCUCUGUCGCUCCCACACCGUUCCCCUUUCACUCUGAUAGUUGCUUGCUUUGCGGUCGAAUGGCGUCUUGGGAAAUUGGUGUGACGACGGAAACUGCAAUGAAAUGAUGAAAUAAUUGCUCUAACCAUACCAACUAAAUGUACUUCUUGAGCGCUUUGCGCGGGUUCGCAGCAAUUGACCGCGUGUGCAGUGGUGGCGGUAGUCUGCUUCCCCGAUGGCCAGGGUUAGCUGAAUGUCUACUGCUCGGAUACGUUGGCGCCUAAAGUAGAGAUCUUCCCCUAGAUCAUUACGGGCCGACCAGGAAUAGAGCAUGCAAAAGUUAUCUGUGACGUUGCAAAACAAAAAUCCCACUGCCAACGAUUGAUCGCCAUAUUUUCCGUAUUAGAAAAGGCGUGUGUGCAAGUGUGCGUGCAAGCGACGAGCGUGUGUGUUUAACGGUAACACUGGGUGGCAGUGUGUGAGUGCGGUCGAUAAACAAGGGUGCAAGGUUUGUGAACGCGCGCGUGUGUGUGUGUGUACGGUACCUUUCACAACACGCACACAGUGUUAAACGGCUUGUUCGGAACGCAUCAUCUGCUGAAACGUGUUUAACGAGAUGGGUGGUGGUGGAUUUUAGUAGGCUGCUUCUAUGUUUAUUUCUAAACGUCACAAACGUGUGCCAGGUACGGAUGGAUAAACUCAGAAUUAUAAACAACAAUCUCCGCACCAUUGUACCGCGCUUUGGCUGAGGUAAAGUAAAUACUCCAAACUUCACUCUCUGGCACAAUCAAUCUUAGAAAGUCCGGUAUGAAAGCAUGCCUGCUUAGCAUCCGAACAAGCAGAACGUAGGAUUCUUCUGUCGAGGACACGCUCUGGUGACUCUCCUGAGCUCAGGUGGUAGAGGCAUCAAUCGAACUUGCACUGUUCCUAUCACUGGUCGGCGUAAAGGAAAGCGUCCGAUCACCUCGAAUACCUGACCAUCGAUGGCUUCUGGUGGUAGCGCGAGCGGAACGACGAGUAAGAACGAUGACUCGAAAUGGUACUUUACAGCCGAGCAGCUCGCGAGCUCGCCGAGCCGCAAGUGUGGCAUGGAUGCGGAUCAAGAGCUUAUGUACAGACAGCGUGCUGCCAACCUGAUACAGGAUAUGGGUCAGCGGUUACAAGUAUCUCAAUUAUGCAUCAACACGGCCAUUGUUUACAUGCAUAGGUUUUAUGCAUUUCAUUCGUUCACACAAUUCCAUCGCAACAGCAUAGCUGCCGCCGCCCUAUUCCUAGCAGCAAAAGUCGAAGAACAACCACGCAAGCUGGAACACAUCAUCAAGGUCGUACACAUAUGUCUCGGACUGGACGCACCGGAUCCGAUGCGGGAAAAUUAUGCCGAACAGGCGCAGGAUCUAGUGUUCAAUGAGAAUGUGCUGCUGCAAACGUUGGGGUUUGAUGUGGCCAUCGAUCAUCCCCAUACUCAUGUAGUGAAAACCUGUCACCUUGUGAAAGCUUCCAAAGAUUUGGCACAGACAUCUUACUUCAUGGCAUCCAAUAGUUUACACCUUACAACCAUGUGCCUGCAGUACAAACCGACAGUCGUGGCCUGUUUUUGCAUUCAUCUCGCCUGCAAAUGGUCCCGAUGGGAGAUUCCGCAGUCGAACGAGGGUCGCCACUGGUUUCACUAUGUGGACAAGACGGUAACGCUCGAUCUGCUGAAGCAGCUGACGGACGAGUUUCUGCACAUUUUCGACCGCUGUCCGACGAGAUUGAAAAGCAAAAUGAAAUCGAUACGGGCAGAUUCGGGAGCGGAGGAAUCCGGACGACGAACAGGCGGUAGCAGUAGUAGCAGCAGUAGCCUAAUGGCUGCACCUUCCUCAUCAUCGGUACCGCGCGGUCUUGAUGAAGGCAGUUCGACCUCAUCGUCCGCCUCUAGUCAUCAUCGUCCUAAGCAGGGUUCCAGCUCCGAAAUGAUGAAACCGCACGGAAUGUCGUCUUCCGGGAGCCAUCAAAAGAUUCCUUCCUCGUCGUCGUCUGGUUCGGGAUCCCGUUCGCGUUCCGAGCGACCACCCGCUGGUCUAUCGUCCUCCGGUAGCUUGGCGGGACAGCAGCAACAGCAGCAAGCACCGCCCCAGCAUUAUGGAAGCGGUGGAAGUAGUAGUAGUAGCAGUAAUAAUAGCAAAGGUCCACCAUCGAUAUCAUCGCACCGGGGCAGCAUGUCGUCGUCUAUGUUGAUUAACCCUUCCAGUGCCGUGUCAUCUCAGCGAUCGAGCGCCGGUGGCUAUCAGGGACACGAGGGAAGUAAAUCCCGCCAACCGUCGUCCGUUUCCGGACUCAUGCAGCAAGCAAGCGGAGGAAGUGCGGCAACAGGUGCUGGUGGAAGCUCGUCAUCCGGUUCUUCAUCGUCCAUGCAUUCCGGUUACAAUCAGAUGAAGGCGGAACGGCACAGUAGCAGUGGCCAGAAGCUAGCACCAAAACCACAGACAACUUCCUCAACGUCAGGCCCCGUCGCACCGAACUAUAACGCGAAACAUCAACAGCAAGCGUCCCAGCAGCAACCUUCAUCGCUCUUUUCUCAUCCGCCAAGCUACAACCAAUCGAUCAGUGGCCGUGCAUCGAACCUUCCCCUAGCUGAGCAGCAAUCGUUAUCGAGUGCGGGCAGUAGCAGCAGUAAUCAGCCAAAAACAGAACCAUCUUCCUUCCGAUUGCUUGACGAAUCGAUUGGACGCUUAACCGAUCCGAUGCAGAUGUGUACACCGCCGAAACAAAACAAACCAUCAUCAAUCUUUAGCCCGGACUGGAAAGAUUCGCAAAACGAAUCGUUGCAGAAUUUACCGCCGAGUAAAUCGCGAUCGAGCGGCCACUACGGUAAUGUAACGGCCGGUGCAACAUCAUCCGAUCGAUUGCUAAAACCACCGAAGGGUAGCCCUAGCGGCAAGAAGCAACAGCUGCAACAGCUCCAACAGCAUCACGGUUCCACAAUGGGACCAUCACGCUCCGAUGCGCAGAAGAAAGAACGCCGUUUGGACGCGUCUUCGGGGCUCAAUGUGCAGCAACCAUCAAGCAAGCAUCAGCUGAUGGCACACGACAAAAAAUCGCUAAUGCCACCAGGGUCCUCCAGCGCUCUUCCGAUGGUCGGUGGCAAUAGUAACAUUAGUAACACUGGUAGCAAUAACGGUAGUAGCAGUAGUAAUAUUCACUCUAGCCACAAUUUAAAACGAUCACUAGACGGAACGGUCUUACCCCCGAACGUACUAGCCGCCAGCGAUGGUUCGUCGCUUGGCAAUCUUUCCGGUAAUGGGGCGCCUGGUGGUACGAUGGGAGCAGCAGGUAGUGCCGCUAAUACCAGCGCUAGCAGCAUGUCCACGCAAGCGAAACGGCCGCAUCCGAGCAACGAACAGAUUCGACAAGACGAUGGGACCGAUUUCCGAGAGCAGAAAGUACGUCGAACUGAACCAUCCAACUCAUCGUUUCUCUCUUCCGGUUCGCCUUCAGACCAGCUGUUCAACUCCUCCUUCGAUCUGGCCAGCACGUUCGACAAGAUGGACGAUUCCUCGUCACUGUUCAACUUUAACGACAGCUCACUGCUUUCGCAACCGCUGCUGAGUGACUCGAAACCGUCGACGCUGGCAAAAAGUGGCGGCAUUUUUAGCAACACAAUUAACGGCAUCGAGACGAACGCAGCGCUCGUUAGCAGUUUACUGAAGGAAAGUUUGUUCAACGAGACGCCAAAAUUCGGCUCCCUUUACGGUACGAAUGAGGCACUGCCUGGUGCGGCACGGUCUGAUGUUACGGAUACAAAGCCAAUCGAUACGAGCGGCAGUGCACCGUUAGCUAUGGACACGAAACCACAAAUUACUGCGAUGGAUAAUUUGCACGGACUUCCGCCAUCGUCCGUUGGCCAGCAACAGAUGCAAGCGGGUGGUGCGGGCGAUUCUGUACCGUCCGGUGUGGUUCCACCUUCCUAUCCAUGGGUAACUACGAAUGCUAACCUUGCGAGUGAUACUUCCGUCAGUGUUCCGCCGCCAGCGAACGUACAACCAGUACCAGGGGCUGCUGCCGUGAUUGAUCCCACGACACAAUCCACACUAGGUACGACGGCCUCAACGGCUUCCGAUCCAGACACGGACCAGGGUGCCGGUAGUCAUAGGUCUAAAUCGGAAAAGAAAAAGAAGAAGGAAAAGCACAAGCACAAGGAAAAGGACAAGACGAAGGAUCGCGAUCGCGAGGAGAAGAAAAAGCACAAAAAAGACAAAGACAAGCACCGGGAUCGUGAACAUCGGGAGAAAGGUGAUCACCACUCGGGGUCGGGCACGGGAUCGGAGAAUGUUACCGGUGGUGGUGGUGCUAUCGGCAGUGGUCAUCAACACGGUUCACAUUCGGCCCAGGAUCCACAGCCACCACCCGGUCCGAUUAAGAUCAAACUUAACCGAGCGAUCAUCCCGCCAGUGGUGGAUGGAAUUGGAUUGCAUGCGUCCGGUUCUGGAGGUUCCGCCGGAUCUGGGUCAGGGAAUGAUGGAUUGAAGAUAAAAAUUCCUAAGGAUCGAUUGUCCGGUUCGUCCUCAUUGCCCGGUGGUCCGGCAACAGGCGGUGCAUCGUUAUCAGCCGGAGGUUCCCACAGCGCAUCGGGGCAUGGUGCUUCCGGUGCCGGUAGUUCUUCCAGCGCUGGUGUUGGUGGCGGAUCGGCGUCCUUAAAAUUGAAAAUUUCCAAGGAUAAAAUAGAACACUACAAUGUCAGCGCUACAAGCGAGGCAAUUGGUGGCGGAGGUUCACAUCUUAGCGGUGCGGUUGGUCCUGCUGGAGGAAAUGUUCUCAUUGGCGGACAUGGCGCAAUCAUGGGCAUGGGAGGUCCCAAUGCCAUCGGUAGCGGCAGUAGUAAUAGUGGUAGUAAAAAGAAGGACAAGGAUCGUGAGAAAAGUAAAUCGAAGUCAUCUAGCUCAUCUUCGGAACACGGAAAUCGUCAAAAUGGUGGCGGUUCAGUGGCUCCCGGAAACAAUAGUAGCAAAUCAUCUAGCAAGAAUCUAUCAGCUUUACCGCAGCAGCAAUCCCAACCGCAACAGCAGUACGGUAUCUACAAUGCGAACCAAUCGAUGGCGGCUGUAUCCGCCCCUAUGUCCGCAGCCGGAUUGCUACCAGGUCUGCACGGCUAUAAUCAUCAGGCUGGGUUCGACUACCUACAGCAGCAACAAUCGGUUGCAGCACUCCAACAGCAACAGCAGCAACAGCAACAGUACUAUUCCCAAUAUGGUCAGUUCGGCCAACAACAGCAGCAACAGUUUCAACAGCAAAUGGCGGCCUCCGGUGCCAAUUCGAUGUUGAUGAACGCAUCCGGGGCCGGUGUGGGCGCUGGCAUGAUUGGUAAGAUUUCCGGACAACCAGGCCCGGUGGGCCUGCAAUCUUCCUCAUUGCCACCGUACUAUUAUGGUGGAGGAUCCGGUGCAGGAACGGCCACCAAUCAGGGUAGUGGUGGUGCUGGUAAAAAAUAAGAUGAUUGCGUUUCACUAGCAAACAGUAGAACCACAGCUCUAUGCGUUCUUUAUGUGUCUAUUGUCAGCCGCAUUGCUGUGAGUUCUAGGAGUACGCGUGGAAGCGUUUCCCGUUGGUCCAGUUUUGUUAAAACUCUUUUAAUGUAUAUAGUUCGAAGCAAUUUCUUAAUUUCGACAUUUCGUUUAAGUGUAGGUUACGCUACAGAUUGCGUUCGCAUGAGCAUACAAAUGUGCGGAACACAACGGUCUCUGCCACAUUUGCAGCGAUGUAGUACCGUCCGCCGAGAAUCGGAAAGGAUUUUUAGUUGUUUAUUUUAUAAUUAUUUGAUUACAAAUAUAUUAAACACUGCGAUCGACAAGAAGGACUAAAAAAAAAAGUACUGUUAAAUGUUUACCAAGUGUCGUUCUUUGCAGCUAGCUCUUUUUUUGGAUACCUAUUUUUAGCUACAGAUAAUGUUAAUGAGUUUGCGCUAACGCAACGACAAGCAGGAACCUCGGCGUAUGAUUUCCGAGAGAUAUAAAGGAUGAUCGUUUGAUAUGUCCAAAUUACUAUACUAGUUUGUGACACUUUAACUUUAACUCUAGGCUCUGUAAGGCGGUCUAGCGUCACCGUAUUAAUUGGAAUACGUGCGAUACGAAAUGAACGUAUCGGUAGAUAAUAUCAUGAAUGAUAUACGAGUUCAAAUUGUUGUUUUGAUCCCUGUUGCAAGUUUUUAGCAAGCAGUAACUCUUCUCCCGGCAGCAAUCAUAUUGUGUCAAGAAUGGGAAAGCAUGUUUCUGCCAAACGGACGGAUAUUGGGUUUAUCUACCUAUGUUGCACGGUACACGGUAGGGGCGCAGUAAGGAAAACACUUAAAAGAAUGUAAUAAAAAAAAGAAAACGAUAAAAAAGACAUCGGAUGUGUCCGUGUCAGAGAUUGUGACGGUUUAGUUUAAGUUAGUAAAACAAAUCAAUUUAAAAACAAAAACAAAACAAAAUCUCUUAUGAUUGUCCAAUGAUAUAGGCAAAAUUGCAAACAAAAACUGAUUCGACAUUUCUAAUGCUUUGGCCUCACGCCUAUGUUGUGUUUAUUCACAUUGUAAUACUUCUUAGAAGUGCAAUUUCGGUUUCCUAACGAUGCAUUAACUCUUUGUGUUUCUUCUUCUGCUAUUUGGCUUAACGAUUGUUACCUGAAUGUCGAAUACUUUGCAGUUAAUACCUUAGUAUUUACAAUGGAAAUUCGACCAUUCGGUCCAUUCGACGUUCUGGGGAAACUCAUUCGUAAUAGUUCAAAACGACUAUUUCUUUUCCUCUUCUUGGUGUAAACGCGGCGCUAGGAGGACGUUGGCGUCCUCUUGGGUCGUACCUGUCAUUUCUUUCUUACUAGACUUAUUUUACGAUGAGGUUUUUAUUUUGCUAUGAGGUAGCCCAUCCAAAGCUAUCCCCCGCAGCAAGGUCUGACUAUACGGAUACGUGGUAAAAUAAGUCUAGUUAGGCAGAAAUGGCAGGCUUAGUAGGUCGUUACCAUGGUUACGGACGUUUAUCGAAAUUUCCGAAUGAAAAAAUACAAUGACUGAGGCGAAGAAAGCUUAUCCGUAACCAAUUGGACACCGUAACACACAUAACAGAAUCAGCUCCACUUGAGUUUAGGCUUCAAAAUUUCGCCAACGAGUCAGACUCGUUGAAAUAACGUACGAAGGGUUAAUGGUAUUAUCAAAACAAAAUACAAAAAAAAAGAUUAAAAAGGUAAAACUCAAGACAAAAAAACACACACAAAUUAAUCUAUUAUAGCGGAGAAACGGUUCAACACUACGAAAAGUUAUUCAAAAGUUACAAAAUCGAUCGAAAAAGAAGAUACAGCAAAUAUAUCAAUUAGGCAAUGUGUAGGGACGGUGCGUAGCGAAGAUAUGUUUUUUUUGCCAACUGGUGGAUUACGAUAAUGUUGCUGCUAUUUGUACUCAACCCCAUAGCCACCGGCGGGGCACUGCUGGAUCUGUACUGUGUUUACCAGGUGACGUUUAACGUGGAGUGCGGCGAAUAAAGGAUGAGAUGGGGCGUACGUAAGAUUUGUGCAUAUUACAACAAUUAUUCACUCUUGGAUGCUUACCCUCUUGUUCAGAAACAUUACGCUAGGAGCUAAAUAAUCCAGUACAAUCUACUCGCAUUACCAAUAAUAUCACGUGGGUCGAGCGUAGGAGCGAUUUAACUGAAUGCUUACAACACGGUGGCCCCAAAUCGUACGUAACUAUGAUAAGGCUGCGGGACUGCGGGAAAAGCAAUAGAACAAACGGGCGAGAGUUGGCGAAUCCUACACGCAAACACAUACUUUGAGUAUGCGAUACUUUCCAUUGAUUGUCGCCACAAACACGUACUGGCAACUAAGUAAAUACUAUUCAACUACAUAUUGACUAGAGAAAAUUAAAUGCAAACGUACACAAACAUACACCCUUUUUGCUAUAACAAAUAGUCGAACACAAAAAGUAAAAUACUUCAGAAGGACACUGUUGUUGCGCUAAAUUCCCGCAUGCACACACAAACACAAAACAAAACAUUUAACAAAGAAAACUAUACACAACAAAACACUCGAACUGAUAAGUCUGAAUUAGAUGGAAACUUUAGUAGAUGAAGAAACGGUUAAGGUGGAAUUCGCCAACAGCGCGAUAGUUAGUCCAUGAGAGUGAGAAUGAGAAAAGAUAAGAAACAAAGGUCGAAAUGAUAAAGAAACCGGAGAAGUAAUUUUCAAAGAAAUAUAUAAUACUGAUUUGUUAAAAAAAAAAUCUCUCCAUAAACCUUAGCGCUGGUUGAAGCAGAAAAGAGUUUCGAAAACAACAUAAAUAACUUUGUUUCGUAAUUGGCAUGAAAGCAGUUGCAGCAGUUCCUAGUUCUGGAAUCGACUUUAAAGCAAGAUGUGACCAGAGAUGCUUGCUCCGGCUCCAUCCCGAAUUUACGACCUACAAUGUAUGGAAGUGCAGCCAUAAUUUUCGUUCUCGGCAGUUGGCCACGGGCUGCUUAUUGCACUUGAAGAUAAGCGAGGAGAUUCAUUUACCAAUUCGGAUGGUAAUGAAGAGCAGAAAAGCAUUUGCAGUAGUUCAAGCGGUGUAGAUGAUGAUGGUGGGUUUGGAGAGGAAGGAAGUAACAAACUAACAAGCAAGCUAUUUAACGGAAAUCAACUAAUCUACAAAGAAAAUACAAAUACGGAAUCGAAUGAAGAAAACGUUGUUGUUGUGCGUCAGCCGCCACCCUUCUUUUCCCAGAAUGUUGAUCGGCGCCAAACCUAAAGCAUACCGAAAUCCUGCGCACUCCCGCGAUACCGAUCGCGAGAUAACGAUCGAUCCGCGCAAACAUAAUAUGCAAACACUCGUCACGUGCAGGCGUGAACGAAACAAAUGGAAAUAAAACAAAGAACAGAUACAGAAGAAAAAACUAUCAAACGAAAGGUAUGAACUUAAUCGUGUAUAUUAUUUAAGCUUAAUUUAUCUGUUUAAGAAUGCAUAUUUUAGUAACAAAUUGUCCUACCAAUGUUUUGUUCCCAUCCUUUGUUUAAGUAUAAUAAAUUAGGGUAUGU